AUGGAAUUUUAGCGCCUCUAUCUCCAAACCCAUGGCCAAGCAGGUAAUAGCCAGCUCUAUAUUACUGCACUCUGUCUUCUCCUAGGCACACCGCCGUGUUGGUUGCGACCUCACAACAGCGGUGCUGCAACUUUCGAAAUGAAAGCGCGGGGAAGUGGAGGGCUGAUUCUGGCAUCGUAUUCCACUCACUCACCUACUUCAUCCCAUUGACAAGGGGUUUUGGCAAACCUCGGGCAAUCAGCAAGUUUCGAGGUGAUUCAUCCGUCAUCCAAUCUGAUCCAUGGGCAGAGCAGGCCGGAGGUUUAGUGGUUGAUCGGCACGAUAAAGCCAAAGGAGCAUCCAUCCAUUGCAUGGCAAAAAUAACUCCGUCAGCGGGUCCGAAUACUACCCCUGCGGGUAAUAUGAUAGGCAUGCUCAACCUGUGACUGGGAAGAUAGCAUUGUUGGCGAUCAUUGCAUGUUUUACGGCAUGUUAGCUUUUUUCCCUUUCUUUUAUGUAACCAGCCCGGAACAUAGCGAGCGCUGGGGCUGUUCUCGUUGCCAAUGUGGUUCUGAAGGCUGCCGAAGUGUAGUUGACUGCCGAGUUGCAUCCUAGUCCAUCAACACUCAACACUGCCCGAGGAAGACAUUACUUCUGAGCUCGAGUCAGGAUUUAGGAAACCCGACCCUGGCUGUUGGAUUCAAGACCUGUGCUUAGGCGCUUUGUUAUUUUGACACAAACGUCCUCGAGGGUAUGUACCGCCGGCGUCCGCGGAAGAUGUGCAAUUGAAGUAACUAUCAUGAUCAAGCGUGGCGUGAUUGUGCGUACGUGUCGGAGCCAAGCCGCAAGCAGUCAACGGCAUACUAUGAGAUCCCGGAAGACCAACAAGGCGGAAGCCAACCCCUUCUUUCACGUAAUGCUUUGCCAAGUCCAUGGAUAGCCUUGAAUGGUUUGUUAGCGAUGGGUUUGUUGGAUCGGAUGUGGCCUCUAUGAAGUCUUAUCUUGAAAUAUGCCACUCUGCCACUAUCGUGCACCGAAUACUGCCUUCUGCGCUGUCCUUUGUAGCAUCACGCCGCGGCGGCGCAUAUGAUGUGAGAUGCAUGAUGUUGGCCGGUAGCGCACUGAAUAGCACGCACUGCUGUUCUCGCCUCUUGUCCCAAUGCAUCGAUAUAUCCCUGCUGGAAAGGCAUAGAGAAAGGAGACAACAUUCAAUAGGACGUCGAGGCCACCCUCAGACUAACGCUGAUGUUUGUUUGGUCUUGUCUCUUCUCGUCUUGAUGCCUGGGCGUGUUCCAGCGCCAUCAUGUGUAGAGGCACGUAAAUUAGCCCUAUAAUACCUGAAUUAUAUGUUCAAAUUGCCUGGGUCUUCAGUACUUAUCGGAGACCCUGCUCCCACGACAGGCUGCACCAUGAGGAACCGGCAUAUUACAACAGCCAA